UGGACCGCUUAGCCGCUAGCGGCUAAAGGCGCAGCUGCUGCUGACCGGCGCGAACUGUCCCGACUGUCCGUCCACCGUGUCCGGAUAAAGAGGAGCAAAUGAACGAGCUGGUGAAGAGUUUGCCUUCCCCGACUCUCCCGGGGCUCACACUGCCGUGCCUGGACAGCGUGACCCAUAAAGGCUGGCUCUUUAAAUGGACCAACUAUCUGAAGGGCUACCAGCGGCGGUGGUUCGUCCUCAGUAACGGCCUCCUGUCCUAUUACAGGACUCAGGCAGAGAUGGCACACACUUGCCGUGGCACUAUUCCUCUGGCCACAGCAAACAUAGCGGUGGGUGACACGUGCCACUUGGUGUUAACCAGCGGAGGUCGAAGUUACCACCUGAAAGCCACCUCUGAGGGGGAGUGUCAACGCUGGGUGUCGGCCCUGCAGCAGGCCAAGGCCAACGCCACUCUGCUGAUGCAUCACUCAGAUGACUCAGGAGAUGAAGGCCCAGGUCCCCAGGAGGACCGUGCCCUAACCCAAGGGGUGCUCAAGACUCUGGCCACCAAGCUAGAUGACCUGAGCACCUGUAAUGAACUGAUUGGCAAACACGGCGCAGCCCUCCAGCGCUCUCUCAGUGAACUUGAGGAACUGCGUGGUCCCGCAGACAGCACAGACAAGCUGAAAACUGUGAAUGAGCGGGCAACACUCUUCCGCAUCACUUCCAAUGCUAUGAUCAAUGCUUGCCGUGACUUUCUGGAUGUAGCAGAAUGUCACAGCCGGAGGUGGCAAAAGUCCCUGCAGCAUGAACAAGAACAGCGUCACCAUCUGGAGGAGACCAUUGAACAGUUAGCCAAACAGCACAACAGCUUAGAAAGAGCCUGGAGGGAGAAUCCCACCACAUAUACAGGUGUGGCGAGGCCUCAGGAGGGGGAUGCAAGUGACGAAAAUGAAGAGGCUGAGUUCUUUGAUGCCAUGGAAGAGUCACCUGCAUUCAUAACUGUGACUGCCAGCAGCAACAUACAGCACAAGCGCUCAGGGAGUAAUCAGAGUAUGAUAAGUGGAGGAAUGCCCAGUGACUGGACUCACAAUGAAAAUGAUACCUCAGGCACAAACCACCUGCAGCUUCAGAGAACAAGACGCAGCCGGAUUCCUGAUAAACCCAAUUACUCUCUUAAUCUGUGGAGCAUCAUGAAGAACUGUAUUGGCAAAGAUCUGUCCAAGAUACCCAUGCCUGUAAACUUCAAUGAGCCAUUGUCAAUGCUGCAGCGCCUGACAGAGGAUCUAGAGUACAGUGAGCUUCUGGACCGGGCAGCUCGCUCUGACUCCUCCCUUGAGCAGAUGUGCCUGGUAGCUGCCUUCUCUGUCUCCUCCUACUCCACAACAGUCCAUCGCACAGCUAAACCCUUCAACCCUCUGCUAGGGGAGACAUAUGAGCUAGAUCGCUUGGAGGAGUAUGGGUACCGUUCCAUCUCUGAGCAGGUCAGUCAUCACCCACCAGCUGCUGCCCUCCACGUGACGUCACAGCGAGGGUGGCGCUUAUGGCAGCAUAUCACUAUUGAUAGCAAGUUCCGUGGGAAAUAUAUUUCUGUUAUGCCAUUAGGAAACAUUCAUCUGCAGUUCCACUCAAGUGGGAAUCAUUACGUGUGGAGCAAAGUGACUUCAACGGUGCACAACAUUAUUGUUGGGAAGCUUUGGAUUGAUCAGUCUGGUGAGAUUGAAAUAGUGAACACCACCACCAAAGACACCUGCAACCUCAAAUUCUCCCCUUAUAGCUACUUCUCCAGAGAAGUCCCACGGAAAGUGGCAGGUGUCGUAGAGGACAGAGAGGGUACAGCUCAUUACAUAUUGUCCGGAACAUGGGAUGGCAAAAUGGAGAGUGCUAAAAUAGUGGACAGCAGCCAAGGAUGCAGCGGAUCUGAAGGCAAACAAAAGAUGGUUUAUCAAACUCUUCCACCCAAACUGUUGUGGAAGAAAUAUCCCCUUCCGGAUAAUGCAGAGAACAUGCACUUUUUCUCCUCACUAGCUCUCACACUGAAUGAGCCUGAAGAGGACGUUGCACCCACUGACAGUCGUCUGCGUCCAGACCAGCGGCUAAUGGAAGCAGGCCUGUGGGAUGAAGCCAACGCCGAGAAGCAGCGUCUAGAAGAGCAUCAGAGGCUGGAGAGGAAAAGGAGGGAAGCACAAGCCAAUCAGGCACUGGAAGAAGGACAAGAUAUCGAGGGUUACCAGCCACUUUGGUUUGAGAAGAGAACAAACGACUCAACAGGGGAAAGCACCUACAUCUACAGAGGGGGUUACUGGGAGGCCAAAGAGAGACAAGACUGGAGCAUGUGCCCUGAGAUCUUCUAGGGCCAGAUUUCCUCUCAGACUUUAGCAUCGAUAAGUCAGAGCGGCUCCUCGUGCUGUGAAAAUACACGUGAAGGACAAGUGCUAGCUUCCUGUAACUAGCUGUUCUACCACGUGUUUUCAGAAUGCAUGGCCUGUAUGUUGUGUGUGUCUAUGUAGCAUUGUAGAUAAGUUAUUUUGAGAGUUAGCACAGUAAAAUUCAUGCAGGCGUGUGUGUGCAAGGGCAUGCGUGGAUGAAACGUUAAGAUGAGGUUUACAGAAAAGUUAUUUUUGCAUUAAAACACGUCAGGAUUCAGACGUGUCACAGUGACAGUUUGGGAGAUGAGGGGCAUGUGGAGAUUCUGGUGCAAGCGGUGAAGAGCUUCCCCUUCUGCAAGCUGAAACAGUGUUCUCCUCACACUCAGACACCAGAGUUUGAAGCAACAACAAAACAAUCUUCUGCACUAAAAUAUUUUUCAAAAAAAACUUUAAGUUAUUGAUCUCUCUUGAUUCAGGGAGAAUUUUCAAAUUCUGUAGCUUAAAAGUUGCACAAUGUGUAUUUUGAAUGAUUUACACUUAUCUGUGUGCCCGGCCUCUGCAGAGCAGCAGGUGGCCACUGAAAAUCAGGUUUGAUAUCAGCCUCUCUGAAUGCACAACUUCAGUAGCUGUUUUAUACGUGAUUU